ACUUUCACUUUCGUUUCUUGCUGGCUGUGGAGAACCAAACCUGGCAGGAUAAGGGGAGGGAUUAAUAGGAUAAAACAAGACAGUCUUUCUUGCUCUUACUCAGUAGUUGAAACCUAUCCAGACUGAAAGGAAAUAAGCAUUAAUCACGAUGCAAAAAAUACUGGAAGAGAUUGUUUCCAUGGUGAAGCAGCACCCAGAAGGACUGCCUGUGAAAAAACUCUCUCAGUGCUAUAACCAAACGUACCAUCACAACCUGACUUUAUCUCACCUGGGCUUUCAGUCCAGUGAGGCUCUUAUCCAUUUUCUGGACAAAGAUCUAUUUACAAAGGGAACGCUGGUGUUUCACAAGGACUACAAGAGCAAUGAAGGUGAAGUUGAAGCAGGAGCUGGCGCUGAGGCUGGUGUUUGUGGAUCUUCAGGAGGAAAAAAGGAAACAAGGCGGGCCAAGGAGACAAAGAUGAAUAUUUUGUCCAUGAUGAAGGAACUUCCAGAGGGGAUUCAUGCGAAUAAGCUGGCAACUGCUUACAAGCAGAGAUAUGAAAAAAAAAUCAAAAUAAAGACCCUCGGUUUCCAUUCUGUUUUCUCUCUAGUAGCAACCUUAAAUGAUCUGGUGGUUGAAGGGGAAAUGGUAUUUCACAAGAUCCACCGGCCUCAAGAUCUGCAUGCAGCAACAUUGGACAGCAGGCCUGCAGUGAAUGGUCAUACACACCCAAUUCCAACCCCUUUGAGUAAACAGAGUGCCUUAAGCGAAUCCCAUUCUGUGGAUCCUCACUGCUCUGGAUCCAAGCCAACUGCUGAGUUGGACCAACAGCAUCUAUACCAGAGGAUUGUGGAGGUUGUUAAAAAAUUCAAAUUGACUGAACCAUCCAUGGACCAACUGGAAGUUUGCUAUUUUGAGCACUUUAAUGAAAAACUCCCGUUUGAACAGUACAUAUCCACCUAUGACAGUUUGCAACCACCUUGGCUAAAAUAUCUGCCAACUCCACAGCCAGUACAAAAACAGGCUUCCACUGCUGCUGCUGCUCCUACUGCCGCUAGUGUUCCGUCUGAAUGUGACUCAAAGACAAAAAAAGACAACGCCACUGUGUUCAGGGAAGGUUUUAAUACUCAAUUAAGAGAGGUACAUAGAGAUAAUGUGCGGUCCCUAGAAGCUUUGGAGAAGCUUGAAGAAUUCCAAGGAAAGAGGAAGAGAGAUCUAGAUCCAGACAUGAUCAGCAGUCUGAUGGAAGAUGUAAUACGAGACCUCGCAGGAGAGGGGGAGCUGGUCACCAGAGAGAAGGUGAUCUCAAGAGCAUACAAGUUAAUGCAACUUUCUACUACAGAAGCAGGACGGAUAGAUACUCGCAGUAUUCUGGCUCUGAAAGACCUUCACUAUUUGACAAAAGAGAUAAUAAUCUUCAUACAGGCCGUUGAAUCGACCAUGUCAAUCUCGACCUUGUAUGACCUGGGGAAAUCACUGGCUGCUUUGAAGAACAAAAAGCGCUACGAAGAGCUGAAUCUGGGACCCCUUUGCAAACAGCCUCUCAUCCACCGCAUGUUCAAGAUUGACUGUAACACAAAGGACGAUGAUAUCCCCCAGAUUGAGGCAGUAGACGUUUUAAAGCAACUUCGUAAUUUUAGAAGAAAGUCUAGCCAGCCCAAAAUUGACCUGGCUGAGUUUAUGAAGCACUUAGCAGACCAUUACAACUGUGAAUCUCCCUACGAGCUGGGCAUCAGGAUACACAGUAUUGGGCUACCCAUAGCGACACUAGGUAAGGUGAGUCGUUUUGAGCAUGCCAUAAUGGACCAGGCCAAAGACACCAUCCACAAAGAGCUGGAAGAGGAGACUCUUGAGCAACUAAGAAAACUAAAAAAGAUUGUCCUGGCGCCAUUACAAGGCACAAGCGCCAACUUUACAGGGAACAUGGAACUCAGAAAAAAAUAUGCCUCCAUGACUGCAGCAGAAGUGGUACUGACUGUCUUCUCAAAUGCUGAACGGGUGUUCAAAACCAUGUUGUUAAAGCAUGUCCAGAAUUUCUUAACCAAUGUGGCAGGCAACAAGUUGGCAACAGCUCUGUUUCAGCUGGCAAUCUGUGGUGGCUCCCUGGCAAUCCCACCAGACCACGAAGCUAAGGAGAAGGUUUCCAAAACCUCGAAACAAACGAACCAAAUGGAAGAUAUAUCUAGCGCAGAACUUCCCAGUGAAGCUACAGUGAAGCAGUUCCUUAAAGAGUGCCUAUCGUCCAUGACCUCAACCAUUCAAUUAGCUGACAUUGACUCCCUUGAGAGGAAGUUGACCAAGCACUUUCAGGUCAAAUACUUUUAUUCCUUGGGGAAAGGCAGCUUCUUGGCCUUCUUGGUUAAGCACAUUAAGCUUCUGCAGGACAUGCUUGGUUCAGCAGUGAUUCUGGGAAGCUGUGGCAUGGAACAUGCAGGAAGUGGUUUCAGACCCACCAGACAAGACAUCUUUGAGUUCAUCAAACAGUGUGGUCAAAAUACUUCUGGUGGUCAAGAUGAAAUGUCUCAUAUUGAGUUUGCACUGCGUUCCCACUAUGGGGUACAAGACAGUCGGGAAUUAGGCUACGGCACGCUGCAGACAUUGGCCAGACUUGUCCAACGCCAGAAGGACCUAGCAGGAGGAGGCCUCAGCCAUGUCUUCUUUGAGUCUGCCUUAUUUGCCAAUCAUGGCCUUUUAAGUGCUGAAAGUGGCGGUGAAGCCGUGGGGCCCCUUGGAGAGAUGUCCAAAACCCAGGCUUUGGCCAGCUUGCAGUCUUGUCCUUUGUUAGAGGAUUUAAGUGAAUGGAGUCAAUGGGAUCUCAUCUUUAAACCCUUUCAUGGGUCCCUGAAAACAUUUAUUGAGAGAAAUGCUGGUAAUUCAGGUCUGGCUGCUCUAGAGGUAUCACCAUGUUUGUGGCUCAGAAUCACCACACUGACAGGAGACAAGGAUUUUGCCAAUGCUGCCAUGACCCUUGACCCUAUUAGCACAGCUGGCCACCUGGUGUCCAUUAUUGUGGCCGAUGGGAUCACAAAUGCACCCACAGCACUCUUAGCCAAUCACAUUCUGAGCUCUUUGGCUGAAGCUGUUGCUAAAGAAGAUCUGUCCCGAGCAGAAGAGGACCUGUCAUGUUACAGCACAGUGGCUAAUUUCCUUUUGGAUUGUUUGGUUCGAAUCCCAAACAGAAUCUGUCAAGCUCUUUUUCAGCAGGUGUUUUUGGAGCCUUUGUCCAGAGUCUUGGGUCAGACCAAGUCAAAGCAGGUUCUGAUUACUGUGGCCCAGUCAAACUCAAAGCACAUCAACUGUUUGCAUCGACUGGGCAUCCUCUUGGGCAUCACAGAGUGGGUGAAGGACUACCAAAAAAGGCUGACACCUUCACAGUGCAAAAAUGACAGCUUAUAUCCUGGGUCUUUUGACCAGGCUAUUGCACAAACACAGUCUAAUUUAGACUCUGAGAGCAGCAGUCUGUCGAGUCUGAAAAUGAGUGAAGAUGUGCAUUUGGAAGACAACACAACAGACCAGAACAGCCAUCCCUCCUCUCAUGUCAACCAGAGCCCUCAAGGGACUACAGAGCAAAACGAGUCAUCAGAGGAAGGAUCGGAUAAAGAGGAGCUAAUUGAAUUUACCCAAGGUGACAAUCAGCCAGAACUUCUGGAUUCUAAUAAAGUGGAGAUGGCAAUCAGUCAAUCAGAAACAUUAGAUUUCAAAAGAGCCAUAAUUGAGGAAAUAAGGAAAAACGAGUUCGGAAUUGGUGUUAAACUGACAGCUGAAGGUCAGAAGCUGAUGCAGGUCCACCAGAACAUGGUUGGCAGAAGUUUGGAUCGCCUCUCAACAGAGCUCUACAGCAAAGACACACAUUUUGUUCUGGAACUCAUUCAGAAUGCUGAUGACAACUCCUACGCAUCAGACAAUGAUGCUCUUCCAGCUCUGGCUUUUGUGGUUGACCGGGAUUGCAUCACCGUUCUCAACAAUGAGACCGGCUUCCAGGAGGCAAACAUCAGAGCCAUCUGUGACGUGGGUCGUAGCACCAAGGGGAAACAUAAAUACGGCUACAUAGGACAAAAAGGCAUUGGUUUCAAGUCAGUAUUCAAGGUCACAGACCGUCCAGAGAUUCACUCCAAUGGUUUCCACUUAUUUUUUGACAAGACCUGCGGGCCCAUAGGAUACAUUCUUCCGCAUUGGACCAAUGAUGAGAGGCCUUUGGACACACUGUUAAAUGACAAAUUUCAACAAAGCUGGAACACUAAGAUCUGCCUUCCUCUGCGCUCCGAAAGCCAUCAAACUCGAAACUUGUUCCAUGACGUUCACCCUUCCCUGCUGCUGUUUCUACACCGCCUGCGCUCAAUCACUAUCUACAACAAGGCAGAGAACCACCUUGUAACAAUGACCCGUAAAGACCUAACUCAUAAUGUGCUCGAGGUGGAGCACUCAAAUUGCACUGACCGCUGGCUAGUGGUCAAAACCACACUGAAGCCCAAGAUCAAAGAGAAUGUUGAAUCGACGGAGCUUGCUCUCGCCUUCCAACUUGCGACCAAUAAUUUAGGAAGUGACAUCAUAGGCCAGCCACAAAAACAGCCUGUGUUCGCCUACCUGCCUCUUCGCAGCUUUGGCUUCCGUUUCAUCGUUCAAGCUGAUUUUGACAUCCCUUCUUCUCGAGAGGAUGUUGACAGGGACAGCUCAUGGAACCAGUGGCUCCGAUCUGAGAUACCACAACUUUUCCUUCAGGCCAUGCAAGUCUUCAUUGAUCACCCAGAGUUCACAGGACUUAUGGGUCUCUGCCAGUUCCUGCAGUUUAUCCCCCUACCUGAUGAGUUGUUGGAUUUCUUUAAACCUGUUGCCAGUCAGAUUAUCCAGUUGCUUAAGGGCAAAGCGUUCCUGCCUACACUGACCUCAGGUGGUCAGGUUGUGUUUAAGCUUCCAUCCCAAGUUGCGGUCUGUAAAGAUCCUGUGAUACGCAACGUGAUUAGCCAGGAGGAACUGGAAAAGCAUCUGUCGCUGUCAUAUCUACAUCCCAGUCUAAGACCUGCUCCCCCUACCUCCCUUCUUGCCCACCUGGGGGUUCGAAACCUGAGAGGCUCUGAUGUUACCAUGGUAACCACAGCGAUGGCCAAGGAGCUGAUGAGAGAACACUGUAUCCACACUGAUGCUGGCCUGCUUCAGUUGGCCAGACUUCUUGUUUGCAACUUUAGAGCUUUGGAGCACGGUUAUGGAGAAGGAGAUGACAUUUUGCAGACUCUAAGGAGUCUACCCAUAUUUCCUCUGGCUGAUGGACGUGUGGUGGCACUAGAUCGGGACGGUAUAUUCUUUCCAAAAGAAGAAAGCCAAACCAAGAAAAAGAAAGCUGAUGUCCAAUCUGGAUAUUUGUUCAACCUUUACAAAGAUAUAAACGUCAUUCAUCCGUCUCUUCUGAGCUGUGUGGAACCUUUAGAAAGUCAUCAGGUGCGGGAGCUGCUCCGAAGCCUGGGAGUUCAUCAGUUUGAACCAAAAGAGUUGCUUAAGCAGCACAUCUACCCAACACUACAAAACGAAAAAUGGAAGUCAAAGCCAGAAGCUGUGGUUGUCAGUUACUUGGUUUUCAUCAAGCAGCACUGCACCUCCAGCCAGGAGUACUCUGACAUUGCAAUACCCGUCCUUACCAACAAGGGUCUGCGGUGCCCGAGACAAGACCGGGUACACUUCUCUGAAGCGUAUGGCAACAAAGACCUAACAAAGACAUUGCCCGGCUGUGAGUGGGUUCUGCUGAGCCCUUGCUAUCAGCAGGCAGACAAUGAUAUCACAGGAUGGAAGCAACUAUUCAGCAGAAUGGGCGUCAGCGAUGGCCUCAUCAUUCGAAAAGAGAGACAGACGCUCACUCCCAAAGAACUGGCCUCCAGUCCCUGGUCAGUAGAAAGUGCAAUGUGGCACCAAACUCCUGGGGGGAAUUAUAUCCUGGAUGACUACCCUUGUGAGGAGUUCCAUGCCCUGGCCACAGCACAGCUAACUGAUCCCCAUCUACUGCAACAGAGAAGGGCAUUGCUAAAUCUGUUGGAAACUAACUGGGACACAGGACAUCGGUACUCUCAGUACCUUACAGCCCAAGUGAUCGACAGCGAUGGACGACCAAUCAAAACAACUAAGUCUUCCUUUUAUCAUUUCCUGUGUCGUCUUAAAUGGAUCCCAGCCUAUCGGCCACAGGAAGGAGGAAAUACAGAGAUGAAGUACCUCUGUCCAAACUCGGUCUAUUUGAACUCAAAGGAGAUCACUAACCUGCUGGGGACACAUGUCGAUUACGUGGACAUGGAUUCAAGCGAGUUCAGCAGAGCCCUGGGUGUAAGACAAAAUGUGUCAGUGGAUGCUCUGAUUGGCUACCUGAAGGAGUGGUGUAUCCAUCCACCAGCAGACAACCAAGAGUUACCUAAUGAUAUGUCAGAGGGGGCAAAUUUUAAAACUACAGUUCAGCACAUCCACAACAUCUACACCUAUCUGCAUAAGAGCUGUCCCCAGAGCAGCCUAAAAGAGCUCUUCCAGCAUAAUCCAGCUGUAUUUGUACAACAGGAGUACAGCAUGCAGAGUAACGACUGGUGUUUGGGUCACUUCUACCACCUGAGGGAUGUUUGCUGGAGUGACCCCACUCAUAUGUUCCAGCGUUACAAACCACUAAUUCUUGUACCUGACUGCCCCAUCGAAGAGCCCAAAGUCUUAGCUCCAUUCUACAGCAAACUAGAAGGAAUGAGGGACUUCUUCAUCAGACUGUUGAACGUGGAUGCCAGCCCCAACAUAAAGCAAUACGUUGGUCUUUUGGAAGUCAUCUCUUCGUCGUCUCCCAACCCAACUGCUGCAGUGCUACAGGAUGUGUCUUUGCUCUACGCCACACUCGCUGACAAGUGUAAAGUUCAACUGUCUGGUGAAAACGAUGACAUGCCUCAUUCCAAACUUGAUGAAAAUUACUGCUCCACCUUAAAAGGUAUGGUGUGUGACAAAAGGGUCUUCCCAACCAAGGAUAACCACUGGGUGAGUCUGGCACGUAAACCCAUGAUAGCUGACAGUAAAGAGCUGGAGAAAAUCUUUAAACCUCGCAAGGAAGUUUGCCUACUCAACCUGCCACCUGCAGAGAAGAAGACUGCACCAAGGAAAAAUACCGGCUACUCUGGGAGGACAGUGUCAGCAGAACCAGGCUUUCCCACUUUCAGUGAGACAGAUAGAUUGACAUUCAUGAAGAUCUGCAAUAUCCGUCAGUUGUCUCAAUGUGUCAAGAUGGAGACCCAGACUGAGAACUGGAGACCCUGUCAUUCCAUGCAGGCCAUGGUGCGAUUACUGAUCCCUCACGUUCAAAAAUUCCUCUACUAUCAUGAGGAGCUGGCCGAAAUUUAUUCUGAACUGAUCGAGGACGACAUUGCAACAAGAAUCAAGAGGCUUCAAUUUGCACAAGUGGGUAAACUCUACAUCCACUAUGAGCUCAAAGUGGAUGGCAUUGACGAUACCCUAGUGGAGAUGGAAGACGUCAUCUGUCUGUUGAAGGAUAAAAAAGAACUCUACAUCCAGAAAGAUCACCUUACAGCCAAUUUGGACAUCUGCAGGGAGCUGGUUAAACUGUUUUGCACAGAGAUCGGCCACAGAAAAGAGCUGAUGAAUUUCCUGAGCGGCCUGAUCACUUCGCUAAAUGACCCAGGAUCCCUGGCGAGGUUCUUACUGAAGGAAGACAUCAGAGAGCUACCCAGCGGGCAUGAACAGUGGGAAGUUCCAGAGCCUCCUAGGCCAGAGGUGACCAUGGAAAGAGUAGCAUCAAGGGGGUCUACUCUCCCCGGCUUCCCAAGAGAGUCAUCUCGGCCUGAACAACAAGACGGCGAGACGACACUAGUUUCCUGGCCUCCACGAGCCCCUAUUGCCCAUACAGGAAGCUCUCGCUCAGUCCAUACGGAUGAAGCUGCGAUAGAAACUGUCAUGAAGAUGUGGCCGCCUCCUGCCGCACCAAAAGACAGAGACCCUGAGAGAGACGUCUCAGCCAAAGGAAGUGUCCGUGUAGUUCCGCAGACUACCGACAAUAGUAACACUGAGAAGGAAAAAACAUUUAAAAACAGCAGUAGCAGACCUGCCGACCAAACGGGACUUCAGAGAGCCAGCAGUCAGCCUAAUCCCGCAUCCCACACGACUCAACCGCCAGAGCGCCGUCCCGAAACCUCCAAGUGUGGCGGCACAGAGAGCGGAAAGGAAAGCCUCGCUGAGCGGGGACCAGCUCAGAGUGAUCCAGCCGUGCAGCCUGUUGAGGCAGCCAGCGUGCAGCCGACCUCAGCAGAUAGCGUGUCUGUGCCAGAUGUGGUGGUGGUGUCCAGCGCGUUUAAGGGAUCAGAAGCGACCGCAGAGGCCCAGAGAUCAUCUCUGAACCUGGACUUCAACAGGUGUAAUGAGCCCCUGCAGACCACAAUUGAGGACUUGGAACUCCCCUGCAAAAGACCCACCACUGUUGUGUUAUCUGAAGACCAGAAGGACUUAAAAGCCGUCGGCGAGUGGGGGGAGAUGUUGGUCAACACCUUCCUCUGCGACUGGAGGGACAGCACGGACCCCCGCCGACCCACUCAGGUGUUGUGGUGCAACAUGAGCGGCGAGAGCGGCCAGCCUUACGACUUUAAGCUGACCUUCGGCCCGACUAGAGCAGAGAGCGGCGACGGCGACACGGCGGAUGUGGUGUACGUGGAGGUGAAGUCCACAAUGAAGAAAGAGAGGUCCUUCAUCGUCCUGUCAGCCAACGAGCUGAGCUUUGCGCUGGCGAGGAAAGAGCGUUAUCACAUCUUCAGGGUGUACGGUGCCGGCGACGCUCAGAAUGUGCGCCUGUGUCGCAUUCAGAACUUGGCACAGCAUCUCCACACCAAGACCUUGCAACUGUAUCUCUUAGUGUGAUAAGAUGGUGGAAACAUUCCUUCUAGAACUUCUUAUUUUCCUUUCAUUGCACUGACAUGACUUUUAUUGCACAUUUAGUCUACUGUAUGUUCCUUCACUGCUUUUAUUCUUGACAAAGAUUGUGUUUAACCUUUUAACCCUCGUGUGACCUGACUUUUAAAGUUGUAUACAUUUUUAAAUAGAGAUUUCCUUGUCCAAAAA